AUGGGUCGUAGGCAACACUUUUUGACACCAUAUGUUAUUGUCUUUCAUUCUGCAAAUAAAAGCAUUAAAUAUGCUGUAAGUCGUGCUUGUGUUCGUAUAUAUACUUGGAAAGGAACUACAUAUACACCUGAACAAAUAAAAAAUUUACUUGAUAAAUCCGCAAAAGAUAGAGCAAAAUUUAAUUCAAACAAGCCAGUAAAAAAACGACAACGCACUGCAUCAGAUGAGUUAACCAGUGAUGAUGUUGAAGCAGAUCAAUUAGAAAAUGAUGAGCUGAUGCCUUUUCAAAAUGAAAAUACUUUGAACAACUAUGUUUUUCAUCCCUUAACAGCAUCUCAAGUAAAUACACUUGAAGGAUUUUUAUUAGUAACAAUCUCAUAUACUUGGAAUGACGCAGAUAAGAGCUUCUAUGCAACAAAACUAAAAUUUGAAAAAAUUGAUGAAGAGACACGUAAGUUUAAAAAUGUAAAUAUAGCAUCACCUAUAUUACCAGAAAUUAAUGAUGAUGCUGUUUACAAUACACCUAAUGUAUCUGAUAAUAAGUUAUCUGAUGAGAAAAAUGAUAAUAUAAAUGAAAAUACUGGUAGUAUACAAGCAAAACUUCAAGAUAUUUUUAUUGAAAGUUUAGAAGCCGCUAGCUAUUUGACAAAUAUUCUAAAUAAUUAG